AUGGCGCAUCUCGUAAAGCUGGGUGCUCUGACCGACGAACUAGUGACACUGCUCACGUCUGCUUCUGCGGAGAACGAACCUGCAAGAUUCAACGCCCAUAGAGAGUCUGCAUUGCGAGCAUUACGGCAUAACAGCUAUCUCCGAACGAACCAAUUUGACGUCACUAGCAGACUCGAUGGAUUGGAGGAGAAGUUCCGAGUCUACAAUGAAGACUCUUUGGCUGAUGCGCUGAAAGAACGGAUGGACAAACUGUCGAAGAAGGAUAUAAAAUGGGCGCGAGAUAUUGCAUUUGCUCCUCGAGCUGACCUUGCGGCCGAGGACCCUCUUCUGCGGGAUAAGAGCAUCUGGAAGAAUGUCGACUUUGGCGCUGACAGCUCUGAUGAAGAUGGAUUUGAGGACAGUCGGUCCGAAUUAUCUGGCACGACCGAGACGGAUCAAUCGAGUGUCGACGAGGACAUGAAUAAACGACCGGAAGACUACGCCGUAGCAAUAACGGAUCAUGAAGACUUGGACCGGUUAAGAGAAGCGCAAUUCUGGCUCAAGAACCCCACUGUUGGUGGGGUCAAGCUAGAGACAGUGAAGAAGCCCAUCACGGAGCUCCAGGCUGUACGUGAAGUUUUAUUUAUGCUUGCGGGAUAUCCAACUUCCCUAUUCGAGACCAAACCCAAAGAGCCUACCAUAAUUGUACCGUCGAAGAACUAUGCCCUCAAACAUGCUUCAGGGGAUGCAUUCUACAAGUUGGCUAAGGAUUUGGCAGACUACGGCUCGUCGCUCAUGAGUCUUCGGGGGUGGGCGAAGAGACCUCAAUCAAUCCCAUUACUUCAAGUUUUCAAUGGAUCUAUUUUGGCACGAAUAUCAGAGUUCGAGAGCCUAUUGUCAAGCAUCCAACAAUGUUUUGUUGAGCCAAAAGAAGAUAUCAUCGUCAGCCUUCUCAGUGUUCAAGCAGAGAUAAAUCCCUAUGUGGAACCUUUAGUCCGACUUUCUGGGAUAACGAAAAAACUCGAUGCAGAACCAUAUGCCCACGCAUUCCGGUACUUGGAGUUGCUGUACGAUGAAACCUGCACUUCACAAAUGGCGGGAAAUGACCAAAUUUACGCAUUCAUGGGAGAUAUAUUCUUCGAGUGCUUUCAAAUAUACCUUCGACCAAUCAGGAUUUGGAUGGAGGACGGAGAUCUCAGUCAUGGGGAUAAAAUUUUCUUCAUAUCGGAGGCUUCAGGACAAGUAGAGCCGGCCGCGCUUUGGGAAUCUCGAUAUAAACUUCGCCAGACUCAGAAUGGCAUUUUGCAUGCACCUAGCUUUCUCAGAGCGGCUGCCAGCAAGAUCUUCACGACGGGUAAGAGUGUUGUGGUCUUGAAGCACCUGAAUCAAUACCCUCUGAUGCGGUCUUUCGAGUCAAGCCUGGAACCCCAUUUGGACUUCGAGACUGUCUGCGAUCCUUCCAAGCUCCGGCUUGCCCCUUUUCAGGAGCUCUUUGACGUAGCAUUUGACGCCUGGAUUCAAAGCAAACAUCAAUAUGCCUCAUCGACCCUCCGAAGAAUACUUUUCGAUUCUUGCGGCCUGCACACUUCCCUGGAGGCAAUGUCCCAAAUCUAUUUCAUGGCUGAUGGUUCAGCUGGAGCCGCUUUCACCAACCCUUUGUUUGACAAAUUGGAUACCUUAGAUAAGUCUUGGAAUGACCGGUUCACACUGACCGAGCUAGUGAGGAGUGCAUUUGGUGUUCUGCCAUCCACCAAUCCGGAUCGUAUACGCAUUAACAUUUUGCCACUUUCACGCAGAAGUCAAGAUGCAGGGAAAUGCAGGAGAACCGUCAAAGCUUUGUCAAUCAUCGAACUCAAAUACCACCUCUCUUGGCCAAUUAAAACAAUCAUAACUCCCGCAACCAACACUUCGUACCAGCGAAUAUUCACCUUUCUCUUUCAAAUUAGAAGGAGCUCCCACAUUCUCCAUCGUCAGCGCUUAGUUGCAGAUAUCCUUACAAGCAACAGUAGUUCUGAUGAACGUGCUCUCUACUACUCACUUCGAACACGUCUACUGUGGUUCAUUCAGACAUUGCAGUACUAUGUCACAUGCCUAGUCCUGGCUCCAGGUUCGCAUAAAAUGCGAGAGGCCUUGAAAGCGGCCAUUGAUGUUGACAAUAUGAUUGAUGCCCACUCGAACUUUAUCAAAUCCAUGGUGGAUCGAGCAUUACUUGGACAACGUCUUGAGUUGAUCCAUAAGACAGUUCUCAAGAUUUUGGAUCUUGCAAUUAAGCUCGAGGACGCCCAAGCGGCCAAUGCUGUUGCCAACAAAGAGUUUAUGGAACGGCAGCAAGAAAUGAUGGAACACUCAAUGGGCGGUCUGGGAUUGCAGACCCAGAGGAAAGGGCGGCAGUCGAUGUUUGUGAACGAGAAGGACAGCAAGGAUAAGGUUGAAAGUUCUGACGAUGAGGGGAAGGAAAUCGACGUUGAUCUCAGCAUCCUCUCGGUUGAUGACGGCCAGGGACAAGUAUCAUAUGUAGAAAAGCUGAGGACUAUGAGAGCAGACUUUGAUAGGUUGGUACGGUUCGUGGCUAGUGGAUUGAAGGGGGUCGCAAGAGCUGGGAGCGGAGAAGACGCCCGGAGUUGGGACACGCUUGGGGAGAUGCUUGAAUCAGGCCUUGGAUCUGGGACGAUGGGAAGGUACUGA